AUGGGGUUAGAAAGCACAAAAAGUUCUAAAUUAUUAGGACUAACUAAGUUGAAGGAUAAGUUAUUAAACUUAAACCCUCUCUACAAUCGAAAAAUAAGAUUUUACAUCAGUGAACGGUUAACUUGGGAUUUGACUGAAUUGUUAAGCGAAAAUGACCCGAAAUCGGUUGCUAGAUUUUUAUCCUCUGGUUUAAGUUUUCUAAUUAACAACCAAGAGAACAAAAAAAUUUUUUCACUCUACUUAGAAAGUUUUUUUAAACCACUUGCUUUGGAGGAUAUUACAAAAAUACAAAAAAAAGUAUAUCAUCUCCAAAAAAAAAAUUUAGCGGUUUAUCAAGAAAAAGGAUAUAAUGAAUUAGUAAAAGAUAUCGAAAGAGAUAUUUAUAGACAAAUGCUCCUUGAAAAAAAAGUCAUAGCGGGGGUUGAUGAAGCCGGACGAGGAGCCUUGGCUGGACCGGUGAUAGUGGCGGUGGUUAUUUUGCCGGUUGGUUUUCAAAAUCCCUUGAUUCAAGAUUCUAAAAUUCUUAGUCCGAGCCAGAGAAACAGAGCUUAUCAAAUAGUCAGGCAUGAGGCCUUAGAAUAUAAUAUAAUUGCCAAAAGUGCUCGUGAAAUAGAAGAGAAAAAUCCCUUAGGAGCAACCAAAGAGGCCAUGGUCGAAGUUGUUUUGGGUCUAAAAAAUAAACCUAAUUUAUGCUUAGUUGAUGGAAAGGAAGAGAUAAAAAUAGAUAAAAUUAAGACCAUAAGCAUUGUGGGAGGAGAUAGAAAAUCUAUUAAUAUUGCCGCUGCUUCCAUUAUCGCCAAGGUGACACGAGAUACUAUUAUGCAGAAAUUACAUAAGAAUUAUCCGCUCUAUGGUUGA